AUGGCGGGUUCCAGUGGCCAGUUAUCAUGGAGAUAUUUUCUUCAAAGACCCCGGAAAUCCCACUCCGCUACAAUCUCAGACGCGCCGCAUGUUACUGCAAUCCGACCCGUCAAAGGUCUCGAGCCGCAUCUGUAUGAUUGCCUGGCUUCGACCUUCUAUCAGGACUAUCCGGCCGACAAACUGACCGUCUACUUCUGUGUCUCGUCCCGGAGUGACCCUGGUUAUCCGACCCUGCAGAAGGUUGUAUCGGAUUUUCCACACGCCGAUGCGCGCAUCUUUGUUGAAGAAGAGGAUCCUUUACUCCAGCCGAAACAGACUUACAGUUUGGGGCCGAAUCCAAAGAUCCGGAAUAUGAGUCGGGCUUACAGAGAGGCGAAGGGCGAUAUUGUCUGGAUCAUAGAUUGCAAUGUUUGGGUGGGCAACGGGGUCUGUGGGCGUAUGGUAGACCGGCUCUGCGGUCUUGGUGCUACGUCGGGCAAGAAGUACAAAUUUGUGCAUCACUUGCCGCUCGCGGUGGACGUUACUGGCGGUACCGAUUCGACAGAGGGGCCAGAGGCACUUGUGGGGUCUUAUACAAAUGGUAACGCAGCGCCGAACACUUCAGCAGCGUCCAUCCCCAAACAGGAAGAGGGUCCUCUUACAACAGGGGGGGGCCGCUUAGAAGAAUUGUUCCUGUCGUCUUCCCAUGCAAAAAUGUACACCGCGAUUAACACGGUCCUCAUCGCUCCGUGUAUCGUGGGCAAAUCCAACAUGUUCCGCCGGUCCCACCUCGACUACCUGACGACACCGUCACCUACCGAUCCCCGCCAACGCAAUCCUGGUAUCGAUUACUUUUCGGACAAUAUCUGCGAAGACCAUUUGAUCGGAGAUCUUCUUUGGAAGAAGCAGGUCCGCGAAGAGAAAGAGCAAGGCGAGCGCUUUGGCAAGCACGGCAUGGUCUUUGGAGAUCUAGCGAUUCAGCCUGUCGCAAAUAUGAGUGUCAGAGACUAUCUCGCGCGCCGAGUCCGGUGGUUACGUGUCCGCAAGUUCACCGUUCUCCUGGCGACAUUGGUAGAGCCAGGCACGGAAUCCUUGCUGUGCUCAGGCUACGGGGCUUGGGGAGUGACCACAUCCCUGGCUCAGUUCUUACAGGAGAAAGGGUUUAGUUUUGCAAACUACAUGACUACGUGGACUGCCUUUUUCGCGUUUUUCUUCCUCUCUUUGGCCAUGUGGAUAUUCACCGAUUGGACUCUGUAUAUCAAAUUGCAUUCUGCCAAGUCCGUUGAACUCGACAAGCACACGCCGUCAUUUGCACGACCUCCGUCUCACGUUUGGACCAGACGAAGCUUCCUGCAAUGGUUUUCGGCCUGGCUUGGACGCGAGUUCUUGGCCCUGCCCAUCUGGAUCUGGGCCUUUUACGGCGGCGUGACCGUCACCUGGCGAAACCGGCAGUUCCGAGUUGGAUUAGAUAUGAAAGUUCGAGAAGUCGGCAGUGCGAAGCCAUCGCAGCCUCACCCCAAGCAGACACCGACCACCCGAGAAGACUAA